AUGGCUAUACCGGGACGCACGCAACAAGGUUUAAAGGGAGUCCCCUCUGACUCUGUCUCGGUUCUACCAUCUUCGAGAAUCGAUAAUCUCUCCGAUCUUCGUCAAUGUUCCCGCCAACAGAGCCGUCCCGGUACUGAGUUCAGAGCAUUAGAGGGGGUCUUCCAGCCUGUUAUCUCAAGCAAGUAUCCGACUCAGACGCGUUUCGAUUGCUCUUUGCUCCCCGACACCUUUUUAAAUUUCAGCGUCGAUAACGAGGCCUCCAAUAUUGGAAUGCAGCUGCAACCGGGACGCAAUGUGGAAAGCAAUAUGGAAGCCCCCGGUUCCUCUGCCCCAGUCGCGCUUAUUGCAGCCAGCGCUCACCACAGUCGUCUCGGUCCUGAGGGCAGAUGUGGAUCGGGGGUCUUCCAUCCUGCUUCAGCAGGCAAGUAUAAUUACAACUCGUCUCAAUCGAUGCCUGAUACCGCUUCGCAUUUCAGCUGCGUUUCCGGCACUUCGAUAACACGACCAACAAGCAGCCUGCUUUCUAGCCGCCACCAAGAGGUCACCGUGUACUACCAAAAUGUCGGCGGUAUGAACAGCGUUGUUGAUGAUUUCCGCGUUGCCGUCUCGGAUCUUUGCUACGAUAUCAUAGUUCUUACGGAGACUUGGCUGGAUUCCCGCACACUUUCUCGUCAGGUGUUUGGAAAUGACUACGAGGUUUUCCGUUGUGAUAGGAGCUCCGAUAAUAGUCGCAAAUCUACUGGUGGUGGCGUUCUCGUGGCUGUUAAUUCCAAGUUCGAAGCCAAAAUUUUAGUGGAUGCUGCCUCUUUGAGCCUGGAACAAGUUUGGACAGCGAUCAAACUGGGCGAUCGUAAGUUGUUUCUCUGCGCUCUGUACAUACCUCCGGAUCGAGUACAUGAGCGUGAAUUGAUUGUUGCUCAUUGUCAAUCAGUCUUCUCAGUGUUGGAAACUGCAAAAACAACAGACGAAGUUAUGGUGUUCGGCGAUUUCAAUCUUCCCCGGAUUUCAUGGAGAGAAUUUCGAGACGGGUUUUUCUUUCCGGACUUGGAUCAUUCGAGCAUCCAUCCUAUCGCAGCUUUACUUCUGGAUUGCUAUAGCUCAGCCACACUCACUCAAAUUUACCAUAUCACCAACCUGAACAACCGCAUUCUAGACCUCUGCUUUGUGAGCGCCCAGGACACGGCCCCAUAUUUAUGCGAAGCCCCUGCUCCAUUGGUUAAAAUAGUCCCCCACCACCCACCAUUAUUCGUGACUAUAAACGCCGAAUCGAAACGCGACCUUGACACUGCAUCUGCUACCGUAUCUUACGACUUCCGCAAGGCUGAUCACCAGAAAAUCGCUGAGUUUUUCUCCGAGCUCGACUGGAACUCUAUUUUUGACUCCGUCGAUGCCGAUGUCGCCGCUCAAACUUUCUCCAACGUAUUGGCCUACGCCAUCGAUCGAUACGUCCCAAAGAAGUGCCAGCAUCCUGCUCCCCGACAGCCGUGGCAAACAAGAGAACUUCGGCAGUUGAAAUCCCAGAAGAGAGCUGCCUUGAAAAAAUUUACUAAGCACCGUACACUGUCCCUAAAACGUCAUUACGUGAGAAUCAACCACACCUACAAAAGUGUUGCGAAACGAUGCUUUCUCCGAUAUCAUCAAGAUUUACAGAGAAAGCUCAAGGCUCGUCCCAAGCAGUUUUGGCGGUUCGUCAAUCAACAACGACAUGAAGGUGGUAUACCCUCUUCUAUGACAUUCAACGGUAAGGAAGCAACCACCCCGCAGGACAUCUGUCAGCUUUUCUCCGAAAAAUUUGCCAGCGUGUUUACUGACGAGACACUGACGAACGUGCCGCCAGUAAUACCCCACAGUCCGGUCAAACUUUGA